UUGUGUGGGUGCUUGUGGAUUGGGAAAGGCUUCAUGUAUAUGGGUAUCAAAGUCAACAAUCGCAAUUUCCAUUUUUACGAUCCCAGUGUAGACACGACUGGUAGCCACGCGCUUCGCGGGGGUCGCUAACCAGAAAGUCAAUCGUGGGAAAAGAGGAUCCGAGUGCAAUCUCGCCGACUUUCAUGGGUAGUUCGGAAAUAGCUUCUAUAGCGCGAGGAGACGACUCCGAAAGCGGCCUCCGACCGUCUGGGAGGCCUGGGUGGGAUAUUCAGAGGUUCGUAUCCAUGGCGGAUCCCGGUGGACCAUCAUCACGAAGGAUCCGUUACGAGAAUCCGUGGGUUGGGACGUCGGCAGCAGCAUCACAAUACUCGCGCAUGACUAGAGUUCAGAUUUUUGUGUGCUUGCGCGACACGACCGCAGCCGAGUCACAACGUAUGUGUUUUGAUUCAUAUCUUCAAGCAUCUCGCUCCUCGCUUCUGGCUCUUGCGAGCCAGCAUAUAGCGUACAGACAAAAACGUAGUAGUGAGCCCAACAAGAUGGCUCUGGUAUCGAGAUCUUUCAAAGAAGUAAAGGAAAGAAGGGGCCGUCGUCAUGACGACAUGAAUGAACGUGAAUCAAUCUCCACUGCGGAACCUCCCAUGCUCGCCGUGGUGGAUGGACCAUUAAGUAGGCAAUACUCUUCAACUCCAUGUAAAUGCGAAUAGGACCACAAGCUUUGCUCCCCCCCCGUUGUGGCCACAACCCGACCAGGUAACAACUCCGUGAAGUAAGGAACGAGAAAACACCACCGCCAUCUAGGCAUUUGCGCGCUGUUGAACUUGCUGACAACCUCCCAAUGUAAAUAAGAAAACCGGUAAUAAGACAACCAUCCGGGAUGAACAACGCUGAGACCGGAAACGUUUUCUAAUCGUUCAUCAGAGCUAUCCUCCAUCCAGGACAAAGGUAAUAAUGUCUCCUCCAAAGAUACUAGGUGGAAUCCG